GUGAGUGGCUGAAAUCCCAUGGUGCAAUCAUGGAGUUGGAGAUGUCAGACCGUUAUGACCACGCCUUGCUGGGUAUCCUGCAGCACGUGGGGAACAUCCAGGAGUUUUUAAAUGUUUACUUUGGGUUCUUGUACCGCAAGACAGACUUUUACCGGCUGCUAGUGGGCCCCCAAGAUCGGCUGGGAUUUCCCCCGGGUGUUGCCCAGAACAUGGUGCUGCAGACAUUCAAAAACUACGAGCGAGUGGCCAUGAAGGACCAAGAGCAGAGGAUGCGGGAAUUGCAGGAGAAACUGAAGAAGGAGGAGGAGAAGUUGGCUCCUGUUGAGGCUCCUGUUGAGGCUUCUGUGGCGACAGAGGAAGUUGUCUUAGAGACGGCGGCAGACGAGCUACCCCGGGAGCAGGAGAAGUCGGAGAAUCAGCCAGAAACUUCAGAUACACCAGAAAAAGCUGAGGAGGUGGAGCCCAGCACCAGCAAUAUGGACAACGCUGCUUCUGCAGCCAGGAGCCAAGGUGAUAUCCAGACGGACCCAGACAGUUACAAUGGUGCAGUGAGGAAAAACUAUGUAUGGUCGCAGGAUUACAGUGACCUGGAAAUUAAGGUGCCGGUCCCCAAGGAUGUGGUGAAAGGCAGACAGGUGUCGGUGGACCUACGAACUAAAUAUAUCCGUGUGGUGUUGAGGGACGCUCAAGGAGAACAAGUCUUGAUGGAUGGAAACCUGACUCAUAAAAUAAAUGCAGAGACAUCCCUAUGGAGCCUGGAACCUGGGAAAUGUAUCUCGAUCAGCUUGAGUAAGUGUGGCGAGUAUUGGUGGAAUGCCGUCUUGGAGGGGGAGGAAAAAAUAGAUAUAGACAAAAUCAACAAAGAGCGCACCAUGGCCACAGUGGACGAGGAGGAGCAUGCCGUGUUGGACCGACUCACUUUUGACUACCAUCAGAAACUGCAGGGGAAGCCACAGAGUCAUGAAAUGAAAGUCCAUGAUAUGCUGAAGAAAGGAUGGGAUGCAGAGGGUUCUCCGUUCCGGGGGCAGGCGUUUGACCCUUCCUUGUUUAACAUUUCCCCGGGCGCUGUGCAGUUUUGAGGAGAAGCGUAUAAACGGGACUCUUCAGUUUUCUGUUCCUGCGCAGGUCGACGUUAACACUGUUCCAUCGAAAAGACCAAAGCCGCCUCUAAACCAUUACAAUACACGUCUGUAUAUUGCGGUGUAUUUAAAUGGCGAUUCAAAGCUGGUUUGUAAACAUGUUCAACUGGCCCUUGAUAGGGACUGGAUUUUUUAUACAUAUUUUGUGAAAUGCAGAAACUAGUUCUGUCCAUCGCUCAGCUGGCUUUAUUAGGACGUUUCUGCAGCUGAUCGUAUGCCCCUGUGU